AUGCUUGAGUUCUACUCCUUUGCUGACUAUACACUUUUAUCAUGGCUCCUUUUCCUAUAUCGUUCUGCCUUCUUUCCCUUUCUAUAUAUAUAUUGCCUCUCCAGCGACGUCCUUACAUCACUCGGAAAUGCCUCAACACUCUAUGAGAGCUGGAAGCGUAUUCUGCAAACAGUUACCUCGGCUGAAAAUGAAGAGCUUCAAAAGACAAAAGAAGAACUUUCUCAGAUCCUGACAAAUAUAGAGCAGGAUCUCGAAGACUUGGACGAUGCGGUCAAAGCUGUUACUGAGAAUCCACAAAAAUUCAACCUGACAACAAGGGAGUCCAAUGCCAGGAAACAGUUCAUACUGAUGCAAGAGCAGGAUCAGCAGUUGGACAGCGUUAUGCAUACAGUACUCAAUAUAAGGGAGAUCGCAACAACAAUGAAUGGUGAACUACAGGACCAAACUAUGUUAUUAGAUGAUCUGGAUGAGCAUGUCGAUAGAACUUCAGGAAACUUACAGAAGGCAAUGAGGCGUAUGAAUCGUUUUAUAAAGCAAAACGAAGGUAUUAUUAAUACAUGA